AUGGACGAGUUCAACGGGAAGGGCAAUCUGAUUGAUCAGGGUUACAAAUACGAAUCUCUCAUGACAAGUAUGGGUCAUUGUGACAUAAUAUUGUGUAAGAUGUUUAAGACUUACUUGAAAGGAUCAUCACCUAUGUGGUACCGAUCAUUGAGGCCCGAUCAAUCAGCUCUCAAUACAACUUCGGCUCUUAAUUCUUACGCUACAUCUAUUGUUAAGCUCAAUGGAACCAACUACUCAGAAUGGAAAGAGCAAGUUGAGUUCUCAUUGGGAGUUCUUGAAUUGGACAUGGCUCUUAUAAGGGAUAAACCAAGUCCACUUACUGAGUCAAGUACUCCCGAAGAGAAAAAGUUCCAUAAUGAUUGGGAAAGAUCCAAUAGAUUGAGCAUGAUGUUUAUGCGGAUGGUGGUUGACACUAACAUUAAGUCAUCACUUCCUACCACUGAUAAUGCUAAGGAAUACUUAAAGAAUAUUGAGGAAAGGUUCAAGACAACAGAUAAAUUCAUUGCGGGGAAGCUGAUGAUAGAUCUUGUAACCAUGAAGUUUGAUUGUUCUCGCACCAUGAAUGCUCAUGUCAUUGAAAUGAUCAACCUUGCUGCCAAACUUAAGAAUUUGGGAUUGGCAAUGGAUGAUGCUUUCCUUGUCCAGUUUAUUCUAACUAGUUUGCCUCCGCAAUAUGAACCAUUCAAGAUUCAUUACAACACUAUUACGGAAAAGUGGAGUUUGAAUGAAUUGACUAAUAAAUUGGUUCAGGAGGAAUCUAGGCAAGGAUUACAAGGUAUUAAGGCUGCUCAUUUCACUCAAGGAACUGCUAAGCAGGCCGGGAAAAAGAACAAUUAA